AUGAGCAAUAUUCCAGAUGAAUUAUAUGCCAAUCUCGGCAAUUCCGGGUUGAAGGUCUCGAAGGUGAUCGUAGGAUGCAUGUCCUACGGAUCAAAGGACUGGUUUGAUUGGGUUCUUGAUGAUGAAGAUAAAGUGAUGGAGAUCUUGAAGAAAGCCUACGAUAGUGGUAUCAGAACAUUUGACACUGCUGAUAUCUACUCCAAUGGUCUCUCUGAGGUUUUUAUUGGAAAGUUUCUUAAGAAAUACAGUAUACCAAGAGACACGGUGGUGAUCCUUACCAAGUGUUUCGGGUACGUUGAUAAGGACUUCGAAUACGAGUGGUUCAAGUUCCCUCAAAGUGUGGCCGUCAAUCGUAUGGGUCUCUCCAGGAAGCACAUUAUUGACGCUGUCCAAGCCAGUAUGGAGAGAUUGGGAACUUACAUCGAUCUUCUGCAGAUCCACAGAUUUGAUCCGAAUACCCCACAAGAGGAAACGAUGCGGGCCUUAAAUUACGUUGUUGAGCAAGGCUGGACAAGAUACAUUGGAGCAUCUUCGAUGAAGUGCUAUGAGUUCGCAACAUACCAGUUCAUCGCAGAGAAGAAUGGUUGGCCCAAGUUCAUUAGCAUGCAAAACUAUUACAAUCUAGUUUACAGAGAAGAAGAAAGGGAGAUGAUCCCAUACUGCAAGAAAACAGGUGUCGGCAUCAUACCAUGGAGCCCUAUUGCUAGGGGUAUUUUAGCCAGACCUCUCGGACUGGAAUCGACAUCUGUAAGGGCCAAUUCAGAUUAUGUGACCCAAAUAAAGGGUUCAUUGACUGCCAAGGACAAGGAGUUGAUCGGAAAGGUUGAGGCCUUAGCAAAGAAGCGAAACGUUGCUAUGGCAACGGUCUCAACAGCCUGGGUGUUAGAAAAGGGCGCCUUCCCAAUUAUCGGUUUGAAUAAGCCCGAGAGGAUUGACGAUGCGUUGGCUGCAAUAUCUUUGAAGCUGACACCUGAAGAAAUUGAGGACUUGGACAGUUCGUAUGAGGCUAAAGCCAUGCAGAAUCUUAACGAAUAG